AUGGCAAUAAUCGAAGAUAAUAAAGACCAUCAAGGAAAUGGCUCCUCGCCCCUAGACGAUGAUUCGCCCAAUGGAGGAGCUGACGCAACACCCACGCGCGCACCUGCCGCAACGCCAGAUGCGACGACUCGACUUCUCCAGUACCUAGCCCAUGCGUCCCCCGAACAGCUGUGUGCCAUAGCAGUUGGCCUGGCUGGCUGUACAUAUCUCAUCCUGGGGAGGGUCGGCCUCGUGCUUAUAGGCGCAUUUGGAGGGAUAAUAUUGCAUGCGUCCUGGGAGAGGCAUAGUGCUGUCGCCGAUAUCCAUACGACACACCCAAAGCAGAACGGCCUGCAUAUCCUACAAAAAGUCUUAGAUUGGAGGGAAAAGAACCCUGCGAAUCCUUACGAAUUUGACGAUAAUGACGAUACGGACGAGGCGGUUGUGCCAGGGGCGGCCAACUUUGACGACUUUCGCCCUGCCACGGCGGAGGCGCUGAGAGAACUGGUGGAAGCAACAAUUCGAGAUUAUGUGAAGUACUGGUAUCUUCCAGUUCUGCCGGAAGAAAAGACAUUCCCGCGAACGAGUCAGCAAACUCUGGUGUCGUUCCUUCGCUCUAUAGCAAAUUCCCUGUCGAAGAAGCGCCCCGCAGACGCUUUUCUGGACUUCUUUACCAAUUGCUCCUCGAUAGUCAUCGUCUUUCUCGGUGAACUGUCAACCGCCAUUCUGGCUUCGCCUGAUUUCGACAUUUCUCCAGAAGAUGCAGUGCAGGAAUACCUCACCUCGAACCCUGAUUCCCAUCUCGCCCAUAUCAUGGAUGAGAAGCAGCAACAGAAAAAGUUCCAACUGAUUGCCAACGAUUUGUUACAGAAUUUCAUUGAGAAGUCUGUGUACAGUUGCAACCCUGCUAGGGUCUUCCUAGAAAGAAUAUUAAGUGGAGUUGUAAUGGAGAUGAGUUUGAGGGCCUGUUCCAAGCCAGAGUGGAUAAAUGGCUGGAUUGUAUAUCUGCUAGAAGAGGGCGAACCAGAUAUCAUUCAGGCGAUUGAUGCUGGUAUGGGGAUACCAUCUCCGAAGGGGAUUCAACCUAUGAUGGAUCAGCCCGAUACCAACUCCCAAAAGCGUGUCAGCAGAGCGGACGACGCGAUGAAGUCUGCCACAGAGGAAGCGGAAAGGCUAAGCCAGCUAAUUGCUGAGGAUGAAUCAAGGCAGUCUAAAGAGACUUCGAGAUCUUCCCUAUCCAGGGACACCCCAGACGUUGCCAGGGUAUCCUCAAGUCACUCUUCAGAUGGCGUACAUGUUCCUCUAGGUCCGAUUGAAGAAGCGUUUGUCCCGACUUCGGUCGAAGUUGAUGCAGAACCGAAACAACCGUUCACAAGCUUCGACCAGAUUGCGCCCCAACGAAGUAUCGACCUGGAUAAUGAGACGCCCAAGCCUCUGACACUUGAAGGCGCCGGUAUAACUAUCAUGGACGACGCUUCCCCAGGCGAUAACAGUCGCUUUCGCAACAAGCCCACAGGAGAUUAUCUGGUCCAGAUCGAGCCGAAUUCCUCGCGUUACUCCGGUUGGAUGAUUGUUCGCAAAUAUGCAGAUUUCGAGACACUCCACGAAGUUCUAAAGCGCAUUGCUCAGGUAUCUGGAGUGAUAGCCUUCACGCAAACGCAUUCCACACUGCCGACUUGGAAGAACCAGGGCAAGGCUGACUUGCGGACUAAUUUGGAGAAUUAUCUGCGCGAUGCAUGUCGUCAUGCGGCUUUGGCGGAAAGCGUGGGAAUGAAGCGUUUCCUUGAAAAAGAACAAAGCCAAAGUCAGGGGCAGUCAGGAAAGGGCUUUGGGUGGCCAUCUCCCGCAGCUUUUGAGACUAUGGGCAAGGGCUUGGUUGAUAAUCUCAUGAGUGCUUCCAAGGGAGCUGCCGAAGGCGGUAAAACAGUUUUCGGUGGUAUGACGGGGGUGCUUGGGAAUAUAAACCCCGGGAGAGGAAGGUCUGCCAGCAAACUGAGUCUUAGUUCUCGUCCUGGCUUUCGGUCUUCCUCAUCGCUUGCACCGGAACUUGACGAUAGUACCUCCAUCAACGGCACUAAGCCAUCAAGCGAAGAAGCUCGUAAUGGGCCGGCCGCAUCUCACAGCGAGACAGCAGUCAUCGCAGAAACACCCGAGCAUGAGCUGUCCAGUGCAAGUACACCAGUUGAAACCCCUAGUAACGGGGUUAGCGAUGCAUCCAUGAAGUCGUCAAUGGAAUCUUUAGGGACAGAACAAGAGCCUCAGAGCCCACUGCUAGAUCUCGAUAACAUCGUUCUACCGCCGCCGCCUAGCGACAUGCCCGACGACUACGGAAUUAUACGAUCCUCAUCAUCGCCUGCUUUGUCGAAGAAUGAAAUUAUGACACCAGUCACAUCUACGAAUGAUACCUCGCCAGUCCAAUCCAUAAGAUCCCCGUCGAUAUCUGAGGCCAAGGUACCUAACAAGCGAAAAGACCCAACGCCCUUCACAGAAGAGGAGACCAGGGUAGCUCUGGAGUUAACAUUCGCCAUGAUCAAUGAACUAUAUACGCUAUCAUCUGUCUGGAAUAUACGCCGAACACUCCUCACGGCGGCCAAGACAUUCCUCCUCCGACCUGGAAAUCCUUCGCUGGCAUCCAUCCAGGCUCUCGUCCAAGAAUCUGUCAUCACUUCGAAUACAUCCGACGCUGGGAUCGCCAGCCAUCUCCGGAAGAUCCGUGAGAACACGAUGCCAACCGAAGAAGAGCUUAAAGCAUGGCCAGAGGAACUCAGCGCCGAGGAAAAAACAAAGUUAAGGGUUCGGGCUAGGAAACUACUUAUUGAGAGGGGUAUCCCACCUGCAUUGGCCGGCGUCAUGGGCCAGGCUGCUACGGGCGAGGCUGUUGGCAGAGUAUUUGACUGCUUGCAGGACGAGAAGGUUGCUAGAGGGUUGAUGUUUGGGCUCCUGUUGCAAGGGGCUCGGGCGAUCACACACUGA